UUCAUCCGCUCCCGGCCCGCCGCCCUCGCCUCCGCGCCGCCGCCCGCCAGCCCAGCACACCGGGCGGAGCGCGCAGCCUCGUCCCGCGGCCGGGCCGGGGCCGGGCCGGAGCGGCGGCGCCUGGAUGCGGACCCGGCCGCGGGGAGACGGGCGUCGGCCCCGGAGCGACUUUCGGUUCCCGACGCGCCCCGCCCGACCCCUAAGAUGAAGAGGGCGUCCGCCGGAGGGAGCCAGCUUCUGGCCUGGGUGCUGUGGCUGCAGGCGUGGAGGCUGGCGGCACCGUGCCCGGGCGCCUGCGUGUGCUACAACGAGCCCAAGGUGACCACGAGCUGCCCACAGCAGGGGCUCCAGGCCGUGCCCGCCGCCAUCCCGGCUGCCAGCCAGCGCGUCUUCCUGCACGGCAACCGCAUCACGUACGUGCCCGCCGCCGGCUUCCGCGCCUGCCGCAACCUCACCAUCCUGUGGCUGCACUCCAACGCGCUGGCCCACAUCGACGCCUCCGCCUUCGCGGGCCUGGGGCUCCUGGAGCAGCUGGACCUCAGCGACAACGCGCAGCUGCGCACCGUGGACCCCACCACGUUCCGGGGCCUGAGCCGCCUGCACACGCUGCACCUGGACCGCUGCGGCCUUCAAGAGCUGGGCCCCGGCCUGUUCCGUGGCCUGGCCGCCCUGCAGUACCUCUACCUGCAGGACAACGGGCUACAGGCGCUGCCCGACGACGCCUUCCGCGACCUGGGCAACCUCACGCACCUCUUCCUGCACGGCAACCGCAUUCCCAGCGUGCCCGAGCGCGCCUUCCGUGGCCUGCACAGCCUCGACCGCCUCCUACUGCACCAGAACCGCGUGGCUCGCGUGCACCCGCACGCCUUCCGGGACCUCGGCCGCCUCAUGACGCUCUACCUGUUCGCCAACAACCUCUCCGCUCUGCCCGCGGAGGCCCUGGCACCCCUGCGGGCCCUGCAGUACCUGCGGCUCAACGACAACCCCUGGGUGUGCGACUGCCGGGCGCGCCCGCUCUGGGCCUGGCUGCAGCAGUUCCGCGGCUCCUCGUCCGAGCUGCCCUGCAGCCUGCCCCCGCGCCUGGCCGGCCGCGACCUCAAGCGCUUGGCCGCCUCCGACCUGGAGGGCUGCGCCGUGGCUGCCCGGCCGUCCCGCCCCAUCUGGACCAGCGGACCCGCCGACGAGGAGCCGCCGGGGCUGCCCAAGUGCUGCCAGCCGGACGCCGCGGACAAGGCCUCGGUGCUGGAGGCCGGGAGCCCGGCCUCGGCCGGCAAUGCGCUCAAGGGACGUGUGCCGUCUGGCGACAGCGCGCCAGGCAACGGCUCGGGCCCACGACACAUCAACGACUCCCCCUUCGGGACCCUGCCUGGCUCGGCCGAGCCCCCGAUGACCGCGGGGCAGCCUGAGGGCUCCCAGCCACCGGGGCUUGCCACCACGGGCCCCCGCCGGCGGCCAGGCUGUUCCCGCAAGAACCGCACACGCGGCCAGUGCCGCCUGGGCCAGGCAGGCGGCGGAGGCGGGGCUGGCGGGGCUGGCGGGGCGGAGGGCUCGGGCGCCCUGCCCGGCCUCACCUGCGGCCUCGCCCCCCUGGGCCUCGCGCUCGUUCUGUGGACGGUGCUCGGGCCCUGUUGAGCAGCCAGAGCGCGAGGCCUCUCUCAGCAGCCAGGUGUGUGUAUAUACGGGGUCCCUUCCCGCCGCCUCCAGCCCCAGGUGGCAGGCCCUCCCCGACAGCACCUCCCGCCCGCCCGCCCGCCCGUCCCGUCUCCACCCCGUCAUGUUUACAGGGCGCAGCGGGCGCGUUUGUUCCAGAACGCCGCCUCCCGCCCGGAUCGCGGUAUAUAGAGAUAUGCAUUUUAUUUUACUUGUGUAAAAAUAUCGGACGGUGUGGAAUAAA